ACUUUAAACGUCUGGUAUCCUAUCAAAUUCACACGAUAUGGAAAUGAAACACCUGAUUGAGAACCGACGAUUGUUGACAUGAGCAAUGGUCCGACGAUUGAUCGGAUGAUAUUGACCUCAAGGCUCAAGGGCAAGGCUCAAGGCUCAAGUCAAGGCCAAAUUGACAGUGUGCCUACAUUAAUUGUACAACACUUUUUUUUCAGGUUACUUUCGCUAGAAAUUAUGGAGACUCCUGUGUCAGAAAUGAGUGACAAAGACCUGGAGCCGAGCAAAUUAACAAGCGCUGUGCUGGAUCUGGAACGGAUUGAAAAAAAUUUAUACAGAUCCUCCGAGCACUGGACAGAGUUUCAAUCCAAGCAGCUGUAUGGAGGACUGGUGGUCUGUCAAGGGAUGGUGGCUGCCAGCAAAACGGUCCGUCCAGAGCUACAUAUCAACUCGCUGCACUGUUACUUUGUACGCAGAGGGAACUCAGAAAUCCCAGUUGUGUACCAGGUGGAGAACCUGCGCGAUGGUCGGAGCUUCUCCACGCGGACCGUCCACGCCAUACAGAAUGGCCAAUCCAUCCUCAUCAUGAUAGUCUCGUUUCACAUCAAGGAGGACUCCCCCUUCAAUUACCAGCACACCAUGCCGGAUGUCCCGCCCCCUGAAAAGCUGCUCAGCAUCAAUGAUAUCAUUGAGAAAUAUCUAAGUGGUGCAACCGAGAACGUCAAAAGCAAAAUUCGUGAAGUUGAAGGCUCUGGGAUCAUGCUAGAGUACAGACACAUCGAUGUCGAGGUUCUCUUGAGGAAGCAAGCCAAAGAGCCACGCAGGUUACUCUGGGUUCGAGUCAGGGGAUAUUUAGGUGGGGAUGAGAAUGUUCACCGUUGCGCUGCUGCGUUCAUAUCGGACUCCUUCAUAGCCUGGACGUCAUACAUGCCUCACCGACACAUCCGACUCGGUCAGAUUACCUCGCUGGACCACUCCAUGUGGUUCCACGCACCGUUCCGUGCAGAUGAGUGGAUGUUGUAUGAGCUGGAUAGCCCAAAGACAGGUGCAUCUCGUGGCAUGAGCUUUGGCCGGCUGUGGACACAGGAUGGGACGCUUGUCGCAUCCAUCUCGCAAGAGUGUCUUAUGAGACCAAAAUUGUGAUCAGGUUACAGUACAGUGGUUAAUGUAUGACAUACUGAAUGUGAGACGCACAGAUUUCUUAAUCUUUAUAUUCCCAUUUUUUGUUUAGCUUUUUAAGUAAUUGAGACCCAUCACAAGUCUGGUAACUUGCAAGCCCAUUCGCAAGUAACAGUGAAUGAACAAUAACAAAGGAAUGCCUUUUAAGUUGUCACAGUUUGUUUGAACAGGGUUCCCAGUCACUCUGGAACUCAGGGAAAACCUUGAAAAAAGGAGUUUCUAUUUCAUAAGAUGGAUUUGCGUCAGGGUGAUGUAAAUCAAUAUUAGGUUUUGCCCUUCACGGACGCAAGGG